AUGUCCCUAAAACAGUUGGAUCAAUCCCAAAUGCCGGUGUCUACGGCUGACCUGGCUCCAAAUGUUCCCCAAGAACUCAUUAUCGACGUACUCUUACGCCUCCCAGCAAAAUCCGUCGGCAAAUUCAGGAGCGUUUCGAAGUCAUGGCGUUCUCUUCUCUCCGACCCCGUAUUCAUCAAAGCCCACCUCGAUCUCCACCUCCAUCAUUCCCAAAAAUUUAUCCUCUCUUCUUCUCCUCCCACAGAAAAAUCAACUUUGUCCACCCUAUCUUUCAACCCCACUGGCAGCGCUGACAACGAUGGCGUUUCAAAAAAGCUCACGCUUCUAGAGAACAAAUUGACCGGCGCCACUAUUAUCGGUUCUUGCAAUGGGUUGGUCAUAGUUUCAAAAUUCAAGAGGAGGAGUCCCGAUACUAAGUACUAUUUGAUAAACCCCACAACCAUGGAGCUCGUGGGAAUACCCGCGAACCCUUUGGCUCCGUGGGCUCGUCGAGGUGGGAUUGCUCUCGGUUAUGAUAGAUCUAAUGAUGACUAUAAAAUCGUCAUGUUUUUUGGGAGUGACAAGGUUAACAACGAUGCUUAUCUCGAUGUUUUUAGUCUGAGGAGCGGAACUUGGAGGAGAAUCGAUGUUCUGUGUGAUCGUCCUGCUGAUGUUAAAGGGGUGUUUCUGAACGGUGCUGUACAUUGGUUGGGGGAGUGUGAUGGUUCACUGAUUAUGUCUUGCGAUUUGAGUUCUGAGGAAUUUAAGCCUCUGCCUGGGCCUUCUUCUCCUCCAGAAGAUUCUUUUUUCGAUCGUAUUGCAGUUUUUGGUGGAUGUCUAGCAGUGGUUGCCUUCACGGGUUAUUCUACUAAAGUUUCGAUGAUGAAUAGGGGUUUUUACAUGGAUGUUUGGAUGAUGAAGGAGUAUGGUGUUCAAGAAUCUUGGACCAAGUAUAGACCUAAUACGCACCCCAAUACGUGUCUUUCUUUACCUGUUUGCCUAUUGGGGGAUGAUGAUCUUGUUCUGCAUGUGCAUCAGAGUUUGCACAAACUUGUUGUGCACAGUCUGACAGGAGAAACUAAGAGGGACAUGUUGGUGACUGGCAUUGGAAAUGCGUUUAGGGAUGUAAAGGGCUUUUGCGAAAGUGUUGUAUUGCCUAUUUUCUACUGUCAGAAAUGGAACCAACAUAAACUUGGGGUUUGA